AUGGCUAAAUUAUUGUAUUUUGCUUUAAUGUUCAUGUGUAUGAGUGGUGUGGUAUCAGCCCAUGGCGGUGGGAAAGAUUCGUUUAUAAGUAUACUUCAAUACUUCAUUCCUUCAGUAAGUAUUUGUACAAAUGCAACUGGAUAUUGGAAUCUUGCUACAACUUCUAUUAAUGCUUGUCAAGCAAAUGCAACUUGUAAUGCUGUUUUAGUUGCACGAGAACCUAAUACGGUUGCAUUUUUUGGUAGUCCAACUAAUAAAGCAUUAGCAACCAGCAAUUGCCCAACUUUUGCUGCUAAUUUAGUAACAGCAAUACAAGCAGACUCAGCAGCUGAAUGUGCUAGACAACAAAUUUUCAGAACCUUGGUUCAGCAAAUAUGUCAAGCAGCACAUACCGCAACUGGUAGUAUUGGAAAGAAUGAGAUAGAUGCUAUUUGCCGUGGUGAAUGUCAUCAUUAA